GACAAGCCACCGAGGUAGGUAAAGCAGAUGCACUGUUGCACGCUUACUUAACCAUGUCGUAUAUGAACUGGACUCCCUUUUGCCAUGUUUUUGCUCCGUUGUAAAUUGCUUCUUUUCUCAAAAUACCAAAAUGAUUGCAAUCAAGGCCAUUGCGAUUGUUGCAUAUGCAACUCGAGUAGCCUAUGCUUUGCCCACCAACGCGUCCUUGCCCGUCGUUGAUCUUGAGUACACGCUUCAUAGGGCUACAAUAAAUGUAUGUAAACAUCAGUCAAUCAAGUUCCGGGUUGAGAGCUAAAAAAUAUCACAGGAGACAGGACAGUACUACAAUUUCUCAAACAUUCGAUAUGCCGCUCCUCCGAUAGGAAACCUCCGAUUUGCAGCUCCAGUAGAACCUGAAGUAAAUCGUACCAUUAACGACGGCCAGCAAGGGGCCAUUUGUGCCCAAGGAACACCAUAUUGGGAAGAGGUUGCUUCGUACUACUUCGGCGGUGCUAACGCAACUGUCUUGGAGUUUGUCGAGGCAGAGGUAGAAGCAGUCGAAAAGAAUCUCACUAUCUCAGGACUUCCCGCACCAGCACCAUUGACUUCGGAGGACUGCUUGUUCCUUGAUGUCAUUGUACCAAAGUCCAUCUACGAUUCUUGCGGCGAAAGUACAGCGCCGGUUGUGGUCUGGAUAUACGGAGGUGGCUACGUUGCUGGAUCGAAAUUUGGUUCGGGAAACCCCGCCACCUUGAUUUCGAGAAGCCAAGAGAAUGGAGAUGAAGGUGUGAUUUACGUUGCCCUCAACUAUAGACUUGGCCUCUUUGUAAGUUCACCCUCAACUAUUUCGAGGAAAGUAACUGAUUAAAUCUAGGGAUGGCUUUCCGGUCCCACAUUUCAGGAAAGUGGAGCGGCAAAUGCAGCCCUUCUUGAUCAGAGACUGGCUUUAGAAUGGUAAGUCUUUUUCACUCUUCUUGGCGAGUCUAGCUACAAGUUUGUUGACUUUAUAAAAAUUUUAGGGUACAAAAGUAUAUCUACCUUUUUGGUGGAGAUUCAGAUCGAGUAACGGUCAUCGGCGAAUCUGCCGGAGCUGGGUCAAUCAUGCAUCAGAUUACAGCAUAUGGUGGCAGCAACGGCAGUGCACCUUUCUCCCAGGCUAUUUUACAGAGUCCUGGCUUUCCUCCCGUCUAUUCUUCUAUUCAAUCAGAGGAAACAUUUCAAAAUGUCAUCACACAAGCACAGGAACUCAUUGGCCCCAACAUCACCUCAGUAUCGGAUUUGAGAAGCCUCGACUUCACUACUCUGGCUGGACUUAAUACUAUCGUUAUUGCACGAACAGCUGCUUAUGGUACUUUUACCUUCGGGCCUGCAGUUGACGGCACAUUUGUACCUGAACUUUCAGCCAAACUUCUUCUUGAAGGCAAAUUCGAUACAAACGUCAAGGUCAUGACUGGACACAAUUCUGAUGAAGGUGCAUUCUUCACGUCUCCUUUUUUCUCCACAGAAGCAGACAUCAUCAAUGAUCUUGUCACAGCUCUACCCACCAUAUCUAAUUCCACCCUUGCCUACAUCACUAGGACCUUAUACCCUCCAGUCUAUAAUGGUUCCUAUCCGUACAAAAAUAUCUGGGAACGGGCAUCUCUGAUUACAGCUGAAUUUGCUUUCACAUGCAACACUCGCUUCCUCAAUACCGCGUUCCUUAACGAAACCCACUCCUACUUCUUCACAGUUCCACCAGGACUUCACGGUGAAGAUAUCGCUUACACCUUCUUCAAUGGCGACACCACAACUUCUGAUGAUGGAAUGCCUGUAAAUGCUACUGUAGCAGCCGUUUUACAAAGGUACAUCAUGAAUUUUGCCGUGACAGGCAAUCCUAAUGGAAAAGAGGUUCCUUUCUUCCCAGAGUACCAAAGUAACUCCACGACAGUGGUUCUCGGAACUACUGGUCUGGGAAGUGUGCAGACUGAUACCACUGCCAAUAACAGAUGUGACUGGUGGCAAAAAGCGUUAUAUGAAUAGGUGGGAUGCAGAUAUGGUGUAUUGAUGUUCUUAAAUAAGAUGAAAAGUUUUAGUUUUAAUGUUCAUAUACUUGCGUAGCACAUAUAUUUUAAUCGCCUUUGCUCACUAUGAUAAUCCCAGAACAAUAUAUUACCUCGAUAUAAUG